CGGCGGGUGCCGCCGUCGGCCAAUGGCCGGUCGGGGAGUCUCUCCUGUCCUCCCCAGUCAUAGCUGACGACGGAGAAAGAAAGCUGCAUUUGGGGAAGGCUGCUCCUCUCAUUACUGGUUGGGGGUUUAUUUUGGAUGGGUCCUCGCACGCCGCGGGCGCCGAAUUAGGACGAUGGAUUUCAGCUACCUUCUGGAACUGGCGAAGGAUAACGACAAGAAGAAUAAGCAUGAGGCCGCAGUCCCAAAGUUUUCCACAAAAUUAUCAGGUCCAAAGAAAUUGCAGAAAACAGCUCCUAAUGUUAAUGCCAUUAAAGCCUUGCUGGACAAAAAAGAUGAAGAUAAGGCCAAAGCUCAGGAGGAGUUUCGGAAAAAGAGAGCAAACCUCCUUGCUCUUCGCGCUCAAGACAGGAAAGCCAAUGCACGUGUCAGUGCCAUGAUCAACAGAACAAAAGGAGCAAAUAAAUCUGUGUUAGAAGAUGCUAAGGACCUCACAACAGCAAGAGGAGAAGAACAGUGUGAUGAAGAUGAUUAUGGCUAUGAGUCUGCAAUGAGUCAGCAGAUUUUUAGCAAACUAGCUGAUCAGUAUGCAAAAAUGCCUGAAGAUGAUAAGCUCAAGUUUGUUAAGUCAGGCAAGAAAACUAGCAUUGACGACAUCAAAAACCGUGUAAUAAACAGUUUGAAGAAAGAAGAGGAGGAAGAGAUGGAACCACGGAAACGAAAACGCAAAAGCAAAUUUGCAGACGACGAUUUCAUAAACGAUGGAGAUGCUUUCGAUGACUUUGAUGAACCUCCUUGGGAUAAAAAGACCAGCAGCGUUCUGUCAAGUCAGAAAACUGUAAAUAUUAAUCUUACUAAUUAUAAGAGUGAUAAGUACACUAAUUUUAAAUAUGACAGUGAGAAGGAAAAGAAGAAAGAUGAGAAGGAUAGAGAUAGAGAUAGAGACAGAGACAGAGAGAAAGAGAAAAAGAAGAAAAAGCCAAAGCCAGCAGCACCUCCACCAAUGAGUUUUGUGGAGCUAAUGCAAAUGGCUAAGCAAAAGCAAAGUGCCCCUGUUCAAAAGUUAACGGUAGACAAUAUUAUAAAAGAAAAGGAAAAAGAGAAGAAAAAGGAAAUUGACCGGCCUUUGACAGCAAAGGAAAAAGAAGAACUGGAAGACGAAAGAAGGCGCAAGCUAAGAAGACUGGGUAAAUUACCCUCAGAAGGGAAGAAGGAAGAUAAUCAGGAUAAAACUAGGAAAAAUGGAGAGACAGACAAAGGGAAAAAGAGUGAGGAUAAAGUGAAAGCGAAGAGUGAGAGCACGAGCAAACUCCAACAGGCCCUUGAAAAACCAAAGCCGGAGCCCAAGGCUGUCGACAGGUCCAAAUACUUUGCUGUGCCAGGUCCAUCCAUGCCACCACCGAAAAAUCCUUCAGUUCCUGUUAAGAACAAACCACCACCUCCCAGUGAACAGGUUUCAGAUAGAAAGUUCCAGAAACCCAGAGAUUUCCCACCUAAAGAUCUGAAGCCAGUGAAAUCCAGAGAUUUCCCACAGAAACCCAAAGCUCGAGAUUUCCCUCCGGAUCGCCGAAGACCUCAACACGCUCCGCCCCCGCCCAAGAGGGGACGCAUUGAAAGUGACUCCGAGGAGGAAUACGAUUCGGAAAUGGACGAUUUCAUUGAUGACGGUGAAGAAGAGUUGGAUUAUUCCAGUGAAAUCAAGAAGAUGUUUGGUUACGACAAAAGUAGAUAUGUUGAUGAGGAUGACUGUGACGACAUGGAAGCGUCUUAUAGCCAGAUGCAGAAGGAAGAACGAAUAUCUGCCAAAAUUGGAUUACAGGAGGAUCUUGAAGAUAUGAAAAGGGAGGAGGAAGAGAAAAAGAUGAAGAUGAAGAAAAUGAAAAUGAUGAAAAGCAAAGGGAGAAGAUGAAAGGAUUUGUAGAUUUUUUUUUUUUAAAGAUAAUGAAAGGCUUUGUAGAGUUUUUGUAAAUAAUAUAAUAGAUGAUAGUGCCCUCUUCCUGGUCUUUA